AUGGCUGCGGAGCAGUGCAGUGGGCAGUCAGGCCCCCAGCAGCCCCCUGUGGAGAGUCAGGCUGAGGGCCCCCUGGCCACCAGCAGGAGUAGCAAGAAAAAGAAAGGACUCGGCAGGUCUCGCAAAGGCGUCAGCAGCCCCAAGGAGCCGCCCUCCGCCCAGGGCCCCAAGCCUACUGGGAGUGGCAAGCCGGGAGAGGGCCACCCGGGAUCUGCUGGAGCUGUCCCUGGGUCGGCCUUGCGGCGCCGCUCCCGACACCGCCUGGACCACUGUGACAUUGCCGCUCAGAGGACAUAUGGGCCGCUGCUCAACCGGAUCUUCGGGAAGGACCGGGAGCUGGGUGCAGAGGAGCUGGAAGAGCUGCAGGCUGCCUUUGAGGAGUUCGACACUGACCGUGACGGCUACAUGGGCCACCGUGAGCUGGGUGAAUGCCUGCGGACGUUGGGCUACAUGCCCACGGAGAUGGAGCUUCUAGAACUCUCACAACAUGUCAAGAUGCGCAUGGGCGGCCGCGUGGACUUCGAGGAGUUUGUGGAACUGAUAGGUCCAAAGCUGCGGGAGGAGACGGCGCACAUGCUUGGGGUGCGGGAGCUGCGCGUGGCCUUCCAAGAGUUUGACAGGGACAGGGAUGGACGAAUCACAGUGGCAGAGCUGCGGCAGGUGGCCCCGGCCCUGCUCGGGGAGCCAUUGGAGGGCUCGGAGCUGGAUGAGAUGCUGCGAGAAGUGGACCUCAAUGGUGACGGCACAGUGGACUUUGAUGAGUUUGUCAUGAUGCUCUUCAGCCCAUGAGGCAUCAGCAGGGCCACCUGUCACCUGCUGUGGGAUCCCGGACCCAGGCUACACUUCCUUGCCCCCUCUGGGCCCCUGGAUGGAGCCGAGGCUCAGACUUCUUACCUGGGAACAUCAUCUGGCAGAGUGAGCCUGUGAGGAUACCCACCAUCCUCAUCCUCACCUCCAGCUUCCUGGAGGAACCCUGGGCCCUGCUGCCUGCCGGCCCAUGAGAGUGAGAUCCAGGACUCUUGAGGCCCUUGGAACUCCCCAACACCGACAGCAAUAACAGCUGAGACCGGGACUGUGCUGGGCAUCCUGGAGACACAGUGUAUUGGCAGGGUGGCCAGCCCCCAGCACUUCUGAGGCUGCAUAAAACUGCUACCUGAAAAAAUGAACUCAGGAGAAGAGGCUGACCCAGCAUUAGACCGGGCUAUGACACCAACCACCAUGCAAAACAACUAGGUCCAGGGUAGAUUCUGUGGGGGAUAUGUGGGCCCAACCCUAUGGAACUACAAGUCCCGCUGGUUAGCUUGAGAGUUGGGAUGGUGAUGGGCUGAGCUAGGUGUGACCAUGGAACUCAGAUGCUCACUGGUACUGGGGCUGGGAACAAGCAGGGCAGGUCCAGGCUGCAGCACCCGCAUGAGCACUCUAAAACAGGGUGUGGGGCAGACUGGGCCGCACCAGCUUGUACAAAGGUCGGGACAGAUGGGGCAGGCCAUGUUGGGUAAGGCCAAGGACUAGCUGGCAUGUGUGAGACCUGGGUCUGGGAGUGGCCUGAGUGGGGGAACCUGGGAAACUCCCCUAGUGGGUCAUAGCUCUCGCUGAUGAGCAUGUGGUCCAGGCCUGCGUGUUGGGCAGGCUGGGCAGGGUAGCUCCAUCUGUCAGCAAGUAUGUAAGUUGGUUUUGGAAGGGGGCAGACUGGGCAGGGCUGAGCAAACCACAGUCCACUGAGAAGUGCAGAAACCAGGAUGGAGUGAAGGUCAUGCCAGGAUAGGCUGCUAUACCUACUGGUUUGCAUGAACCAGGGAUGAGAGUAGAUUGAGUAGGGCCAGGUUGCAGCACCUGCCAGUGAGAGUUAGGACUGGGGACUGGCUGGGCCAGGCCAGGCUGCAGUAUCUGAAGGCAAAGACCAAGACAGGGGAGGGGCUAUGCCAAGCUAGGUCAGAGCAACCACUGGCAUAUGUGAGAUCUGUGGCUGGGAUCAGGCCUGGCUGGGGAGAUAAGGGGAUGCCCUGGGUGGGUAGUGGGUCCUACUGGUGAGUGCGGGGGCUGGAAUAGGGGUUGUGGUGUGGUCUGGAGAUGGCUACAGUCUCCCUCGGCAUGGGU